AAGUGUAGGGUUAUCCAGGAAGAGGUGGAUACACGUGUGUGCGUGGAGUAGGAGAAGAAGUGCGUUUUUUUAGUUUUAUAAUAAUCCGUAACGUCGGCGGCGUUACGCUUGCAGCUUGGCCACAAUGUUUCUUCAUUACUACAUCAAUGAAGAAGGAGAGAGAGUCUACACUCUCAAGAAGGUGGAUCCGUCUGGCCAGCCAACAUGUUCAGCCCACCCAGCCCGCUUCUCUCCUGAUGACAAAUAUUCUCGACACAGGAUCACCAUCAAGAAACGCUUUGGCGUCCUGAUGACCCAGCAGCCUCGGCCUGUUGUUUAAAUGUGCUUCCAUUCUGCUCCCAAGUUAAAAAGGCAGCAAGAUAAGCUUUGAAAGCAGCCUUGAAGAAGCCGAUGCAGACAAAGAACACGCGUAGAUCUGCUUUCUGCCUUCCGCAUUAUUGUGCCACUUUGCAAUAAUUGAUAUUUUUGAACUUGACUUAAUUCCUUUUGUGUUCUGUGGAAGAGGAAUGAGCUACAUCCCGCAAGCAACAUAAAAUUAUUUUAUUCAUAUUUUUCUGGCUAUGUAAUUCUGGAAAUAAAAUGAGAUUCUCCA